GACCCACCAACCCCCACCCAAUCCAACGGUGAAUGCUCCUUCACAGACCUGCCUAACUCUACUCCCGGAUGAACCCGAUCCUUUUCCCCCCUCCCUUCGCCGACCAAUCGCAUCAAGCGUUUCAUUUCCACUUACAAAUUCCUUCAUCAUAAUUUCCCCCCCAUUCUAUAAAUGCGGAAUCUCCAAUAAUAAACAAUAUCUGAUCGGAACUCAUCGAAAAUGGCUGAAUCUCCCGCUGGAAAUGGAAGCGCUACACUAUUCUCUCCCUUCAGGAUGGGCAAGUUCGAUCUCUCUCACAGAGUGGUUCUGGCGCCGAUGACGAGAUGUAGAGCUUUGGAUGGAAUUCCGGGGGCAGCGCUGGCCGAGUAUUACUCUCAGAGGUCCACCGACGGAGGAUUUCUGAUCAGCGAAGGAACUUCCAUCUCCGCCACUGCUGCUGGAUUUCCACAUGUUCCUGGAAUUUACACUGACGAACAAGUGGAAGCAUGGAAACCAGUGGUGGAUGCUGUUCAUGCCAAAGGCAGCAUUAUUUUCUGUCAACUCUGGCAUGUUGGCCGUGCUUCACACCAAGUUUAUCAACCUGGUGGGAUGCCACCAAUUUCAUCCACAAGCAAGCCCAUAUCGAAGAGGUGGAGAAUCUUGCUUCCAGAUGGCUCUUAUGGCACAUAUCCAAGCCCACGGGCACUUGGAACCUACGAGAUCGAGGCCGUGGUCGAGCACUAUCGACACGCUGCAUUGAAUGCCAUUCGAGCAGGCUUUGAUGGGAUUGAGAUCCAUUCGGCCCAUGGCUACCUCCUUGACCAAUUCUUAAAAGAUGGUAUAAAUGAUAGAACCGACGGAUACGGUGGAUCUCUCACGAACCGGUCUCGGUUCUUAUUGAAGGUAGUUCAAGCAGUGGUUUCUGCCAUCGGAUCAUAUCGUGUUGGCGUUAGAAUUUCGCCUGCCAUUGAUCACCUCGACGCAAUGGAUUCCAAUCCUCUCAAGCUUGGACUACACGUCGUGGAUCAACUCAACAAACUCCAACAACAAGUUGGUGGAAAGCUGAGUUAUCUCCAUGUAACUCAGCCAAGGUACACAGCCUAUGGCCAAACCGAGUCAGGCAGGCCGGGAAGUGAAGACGAGGAAGCUGAGUUUAUGAGGACAUUGAGAAGAGCUUAUGAAGGAACAUUCAUUUGCAGCGGCGGGUUCACUCGGGAACUAGGAAUGGAAGCGAUCGAGAAUGGAGAUGCCGACUUAGUGUCGUAUGGUCGCCUUUUCAUUGCCAACCCUGACUUGGCUUUGAGAUUUAAGUUCAAUGCACCACUGAACAAGUACGUUAGGAAGACUUUCUAUACACAAGAUCCUGUGGUUGGCUACACAGAUUACCCUUUUCUUGAAAGUGCAAGUGGUGAAAAUAGGGCUCUUUCUCGGCUUUGAUGGGACUCUUUUGAGUAUAACAUUAUUGCUUAUUGUAACCUUUUUGUUGGGUAAUGCCUAAUUGCAUAUAUAGUCAUAAUAAUAGUAUUUGUUUUGCUAAUUAUGUAAAAUAAUUCUCUAUUUUAAUGUCAUAAGAAAAUAGAUUUAUCA